GAUACUUCUCUCUGUGAACAGUAGCGGAUCUUGCAUAAAACCUACAGACUGGAGUAGCUGUAAUAAGGUAGUUGAUUCCACUGAAUGCCUCGGAGAUGACUGUGCCUGUCGCAGUCCAGGAGUCUGUUCAUCAAGCAGCGCCUGCACCGGCAAUAAUGGUUACUGCUUCAGUGUGCAGAGCAGCCACUUAUGCAGUGGUACCGUGUUCUCUGAAGAAUGCAGUGGGACAAAUUGUUCCUGCUGCAUUGAAGACACCUACAACCCCAGAGGAAGGGAUGCAUGUGGCACAUGGUUUUCAAACAAGAUGGGAUUUCCCAAACUGUGUGGGGGCUAUUGACUGGGAACAUGUGUUGAUAAGGCCUCCACCUGAUAGUGGUUCGUACUUCUUUAAUUACAAAGGAAGCUACAGCAUUGUACUCCUUGCCAUAUGUGAUGCAGAAAUGUGA